UAUGGUUUAAACGCCAUGUUCACGAUAACUGCUAUCUAGUAUAUAUUAUCAUGAUGACGGCGUUGUUCAUUAUAUUCUCUCAGUUUUAGAAUAGUUUUCUCAGUGAACUACCAGGGUCAGUGAACAACAAUAUUAAUUUCUUGGUUUCUAUUGGUGAUUACAAUAUUAUACGUUACAAUAAUGGAUCGAACUGUUCAAAACAAUACAGCUCAAGAAAAAAGGCAACAACUAAAAUCAUUAAAAAGAUUUACACAAUAUGGUAAUGACAUUAAGGAAAUGGCUGAUUUUUAUUUUAAGUCUAGAAGAAUCGCAGACGAUGAUUCAGAACUCAUGAUUGACUUGGAUCAAAUAGACUAUUAUUUACUAAUGGAUGAUGGUGAAAAACUUUUGGAAGAUGUCUUAGCUCCACAAGAUUCUGAUAGAGAAAAUCUGUUACAACAAUAUUAUAAAGAAGACGCAGCUAAAGCUUUGGAAGCAAUUAAAAUUGAAAUGCAAGGUGAUUUUAAAAAGAACAAUUUAGACAGCGAUGUUUCUGAUGAUGAUAAAGAACGUGUAGCUACAGCUAACAAUAAACUUGGUAAUAAUGAUACAGUCGAAAGUUACAAAGAAAAAAAUGAUGAAGAAGAUUAUACCAAGGGCAAAAGGGCAAAGAAUCAUCUCAAUUUGAAUCUGAUCUCAAUUUUAAAAGUGCUCUUUCUGAAGCCACUAAAAGACGUAGAGCGAAAGCUUUAGAAAAUAACGAUAAAGAAAAAUAUU